AUGUACUCGGGGAACCGCAGCGGCCAGGGCCACUGGGAGGACGGCGGGGCGGCGGGCGCGGAGGCGGCGGGUCCGGCGGGGACGCGGAGCCCCGCGGAGCUCUUCAGCCCCGGCGCGUACGAACGCCUGGCGCUGCUGCUGGGCGGCGUCGGGCUGCUGGGCGUCGGCCACAACCUGCUGGUGCUCGCGCUCUACUACAAGUUCCCGCGGCUCCGCUCGCCCACGCACCUCCUGCUGGUCAACCUCAGCCUCGGGGACCUGCUGCUGGCCCUCUUCGGAGUCACCUUCACCUUCGUGUCGUGCCUGCGGAACGGCUGGGUGUGGGACGCCGUGGGCUGCGCGUGGGACGGGUUUAGCGGCAGUCUCUUCGGAAUCGUCUCCAUCACCACCCUCACUGUGCUGGCCUACGAGCGCUACAUCCGUGUGGUCCAUGCCAGAGCCAUCACCUUCUCAUGGGCCUGGAGGGCCGUGACCUACAUCUGGCUCUACUCGCUGGCGUGGGCGGGAGCGCCUCUCCUGGGUUGGAACAGGUACAUCCUGGACGUGCAUGGACUGGGCUGCACGGUGGACUGGAGAUCCAAGGACGCCAACGACUCCUCCUAUGUGCUCUUCUUGUUUCUUGGCUGCCUGGUGGUGCCUGUGGGCAUUAUUGCCCAUUGCUAUGGACAUAUUUUGUAUUCUGUUAGAAUGCUUCGUUGUGUUGAAGAUCUUCAGACAAUUCAAGUGAUCAAGAUCUUAAGAUAUGAAAAGAAAGUGGCCAAGAUGUGCUUUCUGAUGGUCACUGUCUUCUUGGCCUGCUGGAUGCCUUAUGUUGUGAUCUGUUUCUUGGUGGUUAAUGGUUCUGGACACCUGGUCACGCCAACAGUGUCUGUUGUUUCUUAUGUUUUUGCUAAAUCCAGCACUGUGUACAACCCAGUGAUCUAUGUCUUCAUGAUCAGAAAGUUUCGGAAGUCUCUUCUGCAGCUCUUGUGUUUCCGAUUGCUCAGAUGCCGGAGGCCUGCUAAAAACCUACCAGCAGCUGAGAGUGAAAUGCAGAUCAGACCCAUCGUGAUGUCACAGAAGGAUGGGGACAGGCCGAAGAAGAAAGUGACUUUCAAUUCUUCCUCCAUCAUUUUUAUCAUAACCAGUGACGAGUCUCUAUCCGUUGAUGACAGUGACAGAACCACUGCUUCCAAGGUUGAUGUCAUCCAGGUCCGCCCUUUAUAGGGCUCCAGGAUGGAGCCUCGGGUUGGAUGCCGCAUUUGGACUUCAAUUAUAAGGACUGAUCUGGAACCACCAGUUGGUGUAAUAGAACAGAACUUCUAUGGCCCCGCAAGAAGUCUGAAUUGCCUGUGUGUCCGGGGCCUGAAGAAGUGACUGAACAAGAGAAAUUCCUUUAAUCCAAUGGGUGCUUUAUAUAAUGAAAAAUGACUCGUGGCACAAUAUGAAUAUCUGGAACUAUCUUUUAAUGUUGGAAAAUUUCAUUUGAAAAUAUUUUUAAAUGACUCUACUUGCCAAAGCACAUGAUAGAUUUUUUUUUUUUUCUGAAAGGUAUUUCAUGGUAGUAACUGUGUCUUCACAUAUGUGUGGGUGGUUGGAUCAUGUUUUGUUCGUUGCAUUGAGACCCUAUUCUGCAUCAUAUAUGUUUGGUCAAAUAAUCAAGGAAAUAAUAAAUCAAUUUCCCACUUUGAUCUGAAAACAGAAGACUUGUUAUAUGUGUAGUGUGAUGUAGAUGGCAAGCUCUGGAAGACACCAGUGAGAGCAUCAUAGCGAAGUGACCAGAUGAGCUCAAGGCGGUCAGCAGACAGUUAUCGACGCAAUAGCAGAGAGCAUGGGGGGGGGAGAGGAUGCUGGGGGAAAACCCUAGCUCUGUCUACUCACUCAAACAUGAGCACAGCGUGAUUUUUCUUUCCUUUUAAUCAUUUCCCAAAGCUAUGAAUUUGGGAAAGGAGUUCUCAAUAAACAAACUUUCAUGUGAAGAGGAAUGUCAGAUACCUCGCUGUGCGCACCCAUACACUGCCCCUUCACACAGUGCUCAUUUAAUCUUCCUGGCUCAGCUGCCUGACCCCCAUAACUGAUGGUCAGUGUUGGGGAAGAGGCCAUGUUACAGUAGGUCACUGCUUAGACCUGGAGCAGAUCGGGCCAUGCUGACCCCCAGUAGGGCCCCAUUCCACAUACGGGUUAUUUGGAGCGGGGGUUACUGACCAGAAGUGAUGUAAGAAAAGCUCACUGCCAUUCCCCUAUUUGCCUAAAAGCAGGGCAUGCAUUUAUAACACUGACUUUCUCUCCUCUUCCUACAAGUUGUUGCACCCAAGAGAUUAAAGUCUGUUUCCCUUUCCUGUGACCUCCCUAAGGUUUACUUCUUUGUGGAAGAUGACAUGCGAGUCAGGCCAUUCUAAGCUCUCUGAGAUGUACUCAUCUCCUGUGCUUCCCAGUCAAAUAGGAAAUGCAUAUGCUUACAAACUUCCAUUUGUGUUUUUUUUUUCUCUUGUUAAUGUGCUUUUUGUUAUAGGUGAACUAGCCAAUGGACCUAAGAUAUACAAAAGAAAAAAAAAUUGCUAUUUUACUUUAUUUUAUUAUUUAUUUAUUUUUACAGUACUGGGAAAUCUAAUAGAUCCUUGUGCAUUUUAGACAAGUGCUCUACUACUGAGCUACAAUAUUCUGCCCAAGAAAAAAAUACAUUUAUGCUUUUUUAACACACCAAACAUGGUCUAUUUGGAACUUCAGAAUGUCUGUGACUCUAUAGAACAUGCUAAACCAUUUUAUUUUUAUUACCUGAUUUUCUAUUUCUGAGAUGACCCUUUUUGUAGUGUUGCAUAUCUCCAAUUAAUUAUUUUUGAAGGAAUUCCAAAUGACCCAGCCAGCCUGUUAGAGAGGGAAGAACCAAAGAAGAUGUUUUCACUAAAUGCACUUUGGAACAUUAAGUUCGCUGCUGGGUCUGUCACAGUAUGAAGUUGCAGAAUAAGUUGCUAAAUUGCUUGUAAGUAUCUGAAAUGGAAUAAAGUUUGACUCCAACUUUCUAUAAAA